AUGUUCAAUUUUGGAAAUUUUUGUAAAAGCUUUAGCAAAAUCACAUUAAGCAAUAAUAUCACAGGUUUCAGAACCAUUGUUUCAAGACCAAAUGAAAUUUCAUUAAACAAUUUAAGAGAUAAUCCAGGUGCUGUUACAAAAAAAGUUAGAGUUGGUAGAGGUAUUGGUUCAGGUAGAGGUAAGACUUCUACUAGAGGUCAUUCUGGUCAAAAAGCAAGAGCUGGUCAUAAUAUUCCAAGAGCAUUUGAAGGUGGUCAAACACAAUUAUUUAAAAAGAUGAGAAAAUAUGGUUUUUCAAAUGCCAGAUUUGAAAGAGUACUCACUCCAAUCAAUUUCAAUACUUUGGAUAGAUUAAUUAGAGAAAAUAGAAUAAACCCAAAUGAAACAAUCACAAUGAAACAUUUAUUCGAUGCAAACUGUACUGGUGCAAUCAAACAUGGUAUUAAACUUUUAUCUGAUGGUAAACAAAAUUUCAAACAUAAAAUUAAUAUUGAAUUAUCAGAUUUUUCAGCACCAGCAAGAGAAACAGUUGAAGCUUUAGGUGGUGUCGCUAAAAAUGUUUAUUAUGAUCGUCUUGGUUUAAGAUUUUUAUUAAAACCACAUAAAUUUGAUUUUGUACCAAACAGAGCAAGAGUACCAUUAAAAUAUGUAAGCAAAUAUCCAGAUCAUGUCACUGGUUAUAUGGGUGCUUACUCAACCAAGGGUGAAAAAUUCCUCAAAGUUCAAGAAGAACAAGAACAAGAACAAAAACAAUAA